AUGAACCCAACCAAUCUUCAUAAACUGAAAGUUGCAGCUGAAGACGGUAGGAUAGACCUCCUCUAUGAAGUAAUUGAGGUUGACCCAUCUAUUUUAGAGAAUAUAGAUUCAAUACAGUUUGUCGAAACCCCUUUACACAUCGCCGCAUUUAAGGGCCAUCUCCGGUUUGCCAUUGAAAUUAUGAAUUUGAAACCUUCGUUUGCUUUGAAGCUUAAUCCGCAAGGAUUCAGCCCAACUCACGUAGCUAUUCAACAAAACCAUAAGAGAAUGGUGUUUUCUUUUGUAGGCAUGAACAAUAACCUUGUCAGAGUUAAAGGAAGAGAAGGUUGGACUCCUCCUCAUUUUGCAAGUCAUAAUGAAGAAGUUGACCUUUUAGCUAAGUUCCUUGUUGCUUGUCCUGAUUCUAUUGAAGACGUGACUGUGAGGGGUGAGACUGCUCUGCAUAUAGCUUUGAAAAAUAACAAAUUCAAGGCCCUUGAUCUUCUUGUUUGUUUUCUUAAGAGAAAUAGGAAGAGAGAUGCAAGAAAGUUAGAAUAUAGAACACUAAAUCAGAAGGAUGAGGAUGACAACACUAUUCUGCACAUUUCAGCGCUAUGUAACGAGCCAAAGGUGGUUCGAAUGUUGACAAAGAUGACUAGGAUAAAUAUGAAUACAAAAAAUUUGGAGAACAAAACAGCAUUGGACAUGGCGGUCAAUGUAGAGAUUAAGAAUAUAUUGAGGAAUGCUGGAGCAAAACCUAGCUCACAAGUCACGGAUGCUCCCACACUUGAACAAAGACUAUCAAGGACCCAGAUUAUACAUAAAGUGUUAACUUAUAUAAAUCGCAUUAGAAAUGAUGUAUUAGAGGAGCAACGCAACACUUGGAUGAUAGUUGCGACUCUUGUUGCAACAGCCAUGUAUCAAUCAGCAUUGACUCCCGUUGGUGGAGUUUAUCAGGUUAAUGCUAGUGACAAUAAUGUCAACAUUACUUCCUCUAAUUCUACAAUGUCUACCCCUAGAAAUGCUGGGAAAUCAAUAUUGUCUGGAGAAUAUUUCCUUAUAUUUUUAUUUUUGAACAUGCUUCCCUUUUUUAUGUCAACUAUAGCAGUAGUUAUUCUGAUACCAACUGGGUUCAUGUGUAGUCUACUGGCAACUCCAGUGGUUUCAUUUAUCGGUUGUUACCUCUUUUCUAUGUCGAGGAUAUCCCCUACACACACCAGUUCUAUGAUUUCCUACAUAGUUAUGAAUUUACUUGAGUUUGUUGCAGUUAUUGGGUUCAUUUUCAUGGUGUGUUCCAUCCUUCAUGAACACAUUGCUCGGAAUUUGCGUAGACCAUAG